GAUUCAGCGAGCUGUUUACAAUCAGCACCUACUCAACAAGGAACGCUUGACCACAUAGUUGUACUGUCUUUGGCUUGACCUUAUCACUUGUAUUACAGAUCAGUAAAUUUGUGCAAACGCCACCUGAGAACUACGUCUGAGAUCCGGGUUGUGAAGUUGUUCUGUUCCGGCACUAAAAUAAGCUUGGCUACGUGUAAUUUGGGAUGAAAAUGGCUGAUAGGAAAACCAAUAAUGUGCCGAAUUCCAGCGCAAAUUUACUGUUUUCUGCGGCACCGGAGUUCAACUUCAACUUACCUUUCAUACCUGUCAGUCAGGCCAGUGGUCCGGCGGUGUUAUCAGGAGAUGAUACUGCAGAUGUUGGAGAAGAAGAUAGCUUUCUUGGCCAGGCCUCUGGAAAUGCCCCAGCACCAUCCACAUUUAGUUACUUCUCCAGUCCCGUGAACAGCAGUGACCCAUUUGCCUCCAUCGGACAUCAGCCGGCAUGUCCACCACCAGCGUCACUAUCAGUAGCCCCCGCGACAUCGGGACCAACCUCUGUCCCCAGUGUUGCCAGCAUGGCCCCAACACCCCCUGUCCCACUAACCAACCCUGCUGUGCCACAGCCAUUUGGCACUGGUGUUUAUCAGAACCCCAUGGGACGCUACACUCCUCCCCCGAGCACAGUGACCCCACCCCCUCCACAAGCCCCCGAUCAGAGUUAUAAUCCAUACCGUCACACACCCCUCAGCAGCAGAGCCAAACCCUAUAUGCCAGCUCCAGAGGUCCAGUCGGUAGUCCAUCCACCGCCGCAGCAAAAUCCGUACACUAUGGGCUCUCCAGCUCCAACAUUCCAAUCGUCACCCUCCACAUUCACAAAGCCCCCUCCCACACAGAUUCAGGGGCCUCCCCCUAUGGCCCAACAUUCCGCCACUGCUGGAGCACUGGUCCCAGCCAAUCAAAUAAUGCAAUACAAUGUGUACGAGGCUGUUCAGCCUCACUGGUUCUUCUGCAAACAAGUGGAGUCCAAGAGCGCCUGGCUUCCCUUCAGUCUCCUGGACUCCAUUCAGCUGGAGGAGAUCUAUAAUUCAGUGCAACCGGACCCUGAGAGCGUGAUUGUGUGCACAGACGGAGGGCGCUAUGACGUGCAGCUCUAUGACCGCAUACGAACAGCUGUAUUCUGGGAGGAGGAACCUACAGAAGUGCGGCGCUGCACCUGGUUCUACAAGGGAGACUCAGACAGCCGCUUCAUCCCCUACUCAGAGGAGUUCAGCGAAAAGCUAGAGGGAGAAUAUAAGAAAGCUGUGUCAACCAACCAAUGGCACCGUCGGCUGGAGUUCCCAUCAGGGGAAACCAUUGUCAUGCACAAUCCAAAGGUGAUAGUACAAUUCCAGCCCUCCGCCAUGCCAGAUGAGUGGGGUACAACCCAGGAUGGACAGACCAGACCCAGGGUGGUCAAGAGGGGCAUCGAUGAUGACCAUGACGAAGUUCCCGAUGGGGAGCUCCCUCAGGUGGAUCACUUGGUGUUCAUGGUGCAUGGCAUCGGUCCAGUCUGUGACCUGAGGUUCAGGAGCAUGGUGGAGUGUGUGGAUGACUUCCGGAGUGUAUCCCUGAAGCUGCUGCAAAGUCACUUUAAGAAGGCGCAGGAUGAGCGUGUCAUCAGCCGAGUGGAGUUCCUUCCUGUUCAGUGGCACACGGCCCUGCACGGGGAUGCCACAGGGGUGGACAAGAGAAUAAAGAAGAUCACCCUGCCCAGCACGGGUCGCCUGCGUCACUUCACUAACGAGACCCUCUUAGACGUGCUGUUCUACAACAGCCCCACCUACUGCCAGACCAUCAUGGACACAGUUGCCCUGGAGAUUAACAGGAUCUAUGCCCUGUUCAUGCAGCGGAACCCAGACUUCACAGGAGGCAUCUCAGUAUCCGGACACAGUUUAGGUUCUCUCAUACUUUUCGACUUGCUGUCAAACCAGAAGAAUGGCUCACCUUUGCAAACCAUGCCAACUGCUAAUGGGGGCCACCCUGCAGACACCAAACAGCAGGUGGCUUCCCCCGCUGCUGCUACUCCACCUGCUGCUGUAGAAGAGGAGCCUAAAGAGGAAGGGAAGGAGUUUGUCGAUCUUUCUUCUGCGCUGGAACAUCUGGGCCUGUCUGAAUACCAGAGCACUUUAGAAGAGGAGAAGAUUGACCUUGAAUCUUUCCUUAUGUGCACAGUUGAGGACCUGAAAGAGAUGGGCAUACCAUUGGGGCCAAGGAAGAAAAUAGCCAAGUUUGUCAAGGAAAGAGCAAUUAAGCAGGCAACACGUCAGGUAGCACAAGAGAAGAAGGCAGCAGAAGUGAAAGUGGCCAGUCAAGAGGUUGUCCCUGCCCAAUCAAGCGAGCCCCUCCCAGGGCCAGGCACCACGAAGCUUCCUGUUGGUGGGACUUACUCCUCUGUCCAUGUGGAUUACAACUACUUCGAAGUUGGCACUGGACAGGUGUCGGUGGUGUACCACACUCUGGACUUUGAACCAGUGAAUUUCUUUGCCCUGGGAUCUCCCAUAGGGAUGUUCCUCACAGUGCGAGGGCUGGAGAAGAUCGAGGAAAACUACCAGCUGCCCACCUGCAAGGGAUUCUUCAACAUUUACCAUCCGCUGGACCCAGUUGCUUACAGGAUUGAGCCCAUGAUCUUGCCAGACUUGGACUUGAAACCUGUUCUGAUUCCACAUCACAAAGGGAGGAAGAGGCUGCAUCUAGAGCUGAAGGAGAGUCUGUCCCGCAUGGGUUCGGACCUCAAGCACGGCUUCAUCAGCUCCCUGAGGAGUGCCUGGCAGACCCUCAACGACUUCGCCCGCGCUCACACCUCCAACGCCCAGCUGGCGGCCGAGCUCGCCAUGGUGGCCAAUCAGAUCAAGGAGGAGGAGGAGAAGCAUGCACACAGUGAUGUCACAGAACACAGGAUAGUGGAGAGUCCUGAGCUGCUGAGAGAAGAGGAGGCCCAGGUGAAAAUAGGAAUGCUGAACGGGGGGAACCGCAUCGACUACGUCCUACAGGAGAAGCCCAUCGAGAGCUUCAACGAGUACCUUUUCGCCCUGCAGAGUCAUCUGUGCUACUGGGAGUCGGAAGACACAGCCCUACUACUCCUAAAAGAGAUUUACAUGACCAUGGGGAUAUACCCAGAACAGAUUCUACACUGAUGCAAUAGAUUGGUAGCCAGGUGGAACCAGCCCAAUUGCUACGUUUACCAUUCUCUUUCACUGCACGUAAGUUAAAUAGAAUGGUGAACACAGCGAUCAGGCUGGUUCCACCAGGCUAAUGUUUUGGUUAGAAUGAAAAAUAAACCUUUCUGAAACCUUCAUACUAUUUAUCUCCCCAUCAGGUUUGUCCAUGUCAAUGCUUUUAGAUUUUAUAUAUGCUUCUUUGUUAGUAUUCAUUUUCCUUUAUUUGAUAUUCUCCUAGUCUAUUGUAUGAAGAUGAAUACGCUUGUAGUAUGCCAUUUGUCUUAAAUUAAGAAACUAGAUAAAAUUAGUGGAUUCCAAGACCACUUGUUUGAAAUUCAAUUUUUAUAGCCUAAAUUCUAGAACUGGUGAGGUUCGCAUGGAGUUUGCUUGCUGAACAAUAUGAAAUAACCAAAUGAAACAUUUACAAGAGAAAUCACAUAGAAACUGCAAAUUAAAUAUUUACCUCAGAUUUAUUUUGUUUAAAAAUAGUCAUAAAAUAAACCAUUUUACUUUCA